UUUAUAUCCAGUUCCACGUGACAAUAUCAACCUCCACGCAGGACGAGACAGCGAAAGAGAUGCGGAUGAUCAGCUUAAUAACGAGUCUGUUUAUAUUGGCUAUCCACGAUAGCUUCUGAGGGUUGCUGGCCUGCAGAUAAAUCAGCACCUUUUAUCGAUUCCCCGUUACUUUCACCCAGUCCAGCCAGAACAGCCCAGUCGGCUGAGAAGUGCUUCUCCCCUGCUCCAGGAUGGAGAAACCGGGGAUUUUUGAGAUUAUUAGACCUGAAGAUCCCAGCGUUCUUGGGCCAAGACUUGGCCAACUGACAGUCCAGGGAAGAAGCAAACUUGAGACUCCCAAUUUCCUUGCUAUCAGUUCCAGGGGGGUAGUCCCACAUAUGACACCAGAUGUCAUUGCUGCAAGCUCGCAGAUUGGAGGGGUUCACAUGGCAUUGGAAGAUUUUAUAGAAAAAUCUCCAAGCGGCACGCCGCCUAUCAUGAAAAUUCCAGGAAAUCCACUUCAUACCUUCACUGCGAUUCCUAACUCUAUCAUCACUCUCCUCGCGCCACGUCGCACUCCUGCCGUCACAGCUCCAAAUGGUAAUAGUGACACCGCCAUUUCUGUCUUUACAUCGACCGGAUUCCAGGCUCUCUCAAACAAGUCUUAUAUCAGCUCCAUUCAGACGCUUCGCCCUGAUAUCUCUAUUGCACUCGCCGACUUGACUUAUGGCCCUCUACCGGGGACCAAGAGAACCGUAAAAAUGAGCGACAGGACCCAAGAAUGGCUCUCUGAUCUUCUCAGCGAGAAUGGUCAUGGAGGGGCAGUCUUCGCACCCAUCCUUCCGAUUGACUCUUUGAGUCAGUCAGAAUAUUUGGAUUACCUAGCGGAUGAUCAGGCAGGUGAAAUUUCUGGUCUGGCGUUUUACGAUUCAAAUCUCCUGCCUGAUAUUCCAGCCACAACUUCCCUUUCACGGCUACCUCAUCUCUCGUUGGAUGAACCUGCGUCCCCCCACCACAUCCUACGCCAGAUAUCCUUGGGAAUGGAUAUUUUUACUAUCCCCUUCAUUGGUCAUGCAACAGAUGCUGGAAUUGCAUUGACGUUUCGCUUCCCUCGUCCCUUACCCGACGAUGCUGUCGCAUCCAACGAUACCGGAAGCAGUGUUGUCCCUCUGGGGAUUGAUAUGUGGAUACCCACCCAUGCCACUUCGCUCCUACCGCUCAGCAAUUCAUGUACCUGUUAUACCUGCACCUCGCACCAUAGAGCAUACAUCCAGCACUUGCUCUCAGCCAAGGAAAUGCUCGGUUGGGUACUGCUUCAGAUUCAUAAUCAUCAUAUCCUCUCCGAAUUCUUCUCCUCCAUCCGUGCAAGUAUCAAAAUGGGCACAUUUGAGGCCGAUGCGGAAGAGUUCGGGAGAAUUUACGAGAGCGAGCUGCCCGAGAAGAGCGGAAAGGGCCCGAGGGUUAGAGGGUAUCACUUCAAGAGUGAGGGGCCAGGAGAAGCGAAGAAGAACAAGGCUCCUUGGGGCAACCUGGGGAGUGAUGACCAGAGUGCUGGAAGAGGCCUAGUUCCGGAUGAAAAUUCGACGGAGUUGCAGGAAAAGGGCUUUGCGGAGAAGGUGGAGGAGUAAGCCGCCAGGAGCAUUUCUAGAAUGAGCGUGAUCACAAUGCAGAACUACAGGAGUUGCUAGUCGGGUCAUGAUAUCUCGAGUGCGGGUAAACAUAGCGUCAGUCCAUAGCGGAAUACUUUCCCACCCACAUUGACUAUUUCGCCAGGUCUGGAAGUCUAGCCCUUUAUCAGCUCAAGUUUCCCCGCUACACUUGAUUUAUCCAGCAGAGCAAUUAACACAACAGUGAUCCAG